AUGGCGAUACUCCAACUUCCGGAAGAGUGGAAGUAUACAUUGACGGAAAGUGGGGAUCUUUCAUCUACCAAGGCUUUUUACGUGGACUCAGAAUUUUACGGAAAGUCAACAAGCAUAACAUGGCUAACUAAAUUACAGUGCACUAGUGUCGUUUACAGAUUAUGGCAGUGUUCCUUUGAAAUAAGUGGCUUUUUUCUAAAGUCAGAUAACUUUGGGGUCGUUUGCCAAGACAGUAACUCGUUUUCGAUAAGACUGGUUAAUAAUCAGACAGCAAAUAGCGGCUAUGUAGAAGUGUUCCUAGGUGGAUUGUGGGGCACUAUUUUACACACUCGGCCUUAUUCCUCCCAUACCUGGGGUAGAGAAGCGGCAACCGUCGCCUGUAGGGAACUUGGUCUACCACAUUCCGCAUCUCUUCCUGUGAGGAGUAGCAUGUUUGGUUCCAUCUAUUCUCUGAAUUGGAUAGAUAGGACGUACUGUACGGGUAAAGAGCAAUCACUGCUGGACUGUAUCGAAAUGGGAGGCGUGUCAUACUACCAUUCUUUUAAAGCUGGGGUAAUAUGUACAGAUACAGAUAGUGUACAUUAUCGAUUAGCAUCAAAUACUUCUGCAGGUAGGGUUGAAAUUAAAAUAGACGGAACGUGGGGAGGAAUCAACAAAAAAUCUUGGAAUGAAAAAUCAGCUUCAUUAUUUUGCAAACAUCUACAGAAACCCUCCUCUAGAGCGUUACCAGUUGUAAAUGACGUCUAUGGGUUCAGCCACUGGGAGUGGUUGACUCGUGUUAGUUGUUACGGAACAGAAAACAAUCUCAUUGACUGUCCAAACGAGGUAACAGGGCAAUAUGGAACUGGAUCUGCAGGUGUAGUUUGUACUGAUUAUACAGAUUUUAAAGUUCGCCUUAACAAUGGAAGCACCGCAGGAAGAGUGGAGGUUUACAUGGACGGUGAAUGGGGAGGAAUUGACUCUAGCACUUGGACACAUUCGAAAGCAAAUAUAAUUUGCAAUCAGAUUGGAUUAAAGGGGAAAAAAGGUUUAGCUGUAAAUAACAUACUUUAUGGCGUGACACCAACCUUAACCUGGAUAAAAGUAAAGGAUUCCUGUUCCUCAGAUGCACAAAUCUUAAGCUGCAGCGUUGAAGUCUUGGCAAACAGAUUUUUUCCAAGAAUAGAAGCUGGAGUUAUUUGUGCAGAUGUCAUUGAAAAUGUGUUAGAGAUAUAUAAUGGAAGUUGGUACGGAACUUUACGUUUUUUCCUGGAAAAUGAAUGGGGGACUUUAGAUGCAGAUGGUUUUGGACAAGAAGAGGCAACUGUAGCGUGUCAGCAACUCGGUUUUUAUUCGCGGAAGGCUUUGCCGGUCCAGUCAGAGAUUUUUGGACACCUGGAUAACCGAGUCUGGAUGAAGGAUUUCAAAUGCACAGGAAACGAGCGAAAUAUAUUAGAGUGUCCUUUGUCCAUAGACGGGUUUUUGGAUAAUCGAGUGAAAGAUGCUGGGCUCAUUUGUCAAGACAGGGCCAGUUUUAUGGUAAAACUUGCUGGGAAUAGUACUACUCAGGGUGUUGUCGAAGUCUUCUUGGCGGACAGAUGGGGAACAAUAGAUCCAGCUGACUGGGAUUACAAUGCAGCAAAAUCGGUGUGCAGACAUUUACAAAAACCAAGUCGAUUUGGGUUUGCUGUCAAAUCGGGUAUAUUUUACCAAGGAAGUUCCCACCAGUGGCUUUCUAGAGCCAUUUGUGAUGGGAACGAACCCACUUUGUUUGACUGCAAACUGUUUGUAUCGGGAAUAACGUACACUUACCAGGCGGCUGCUGUUAUUUGCUCCGAGCAUGCAAGUUACCCACGAAAUUAUGGCCCUACAAACUAG